CUUGAACAAAUAAUUCAAAUGUUUUCACCUAAUCAAAAUGAACAUAUUCUGGUAGAAUGUAGAAACUUUUUAAACUCUUGUGUUUCCAUGUCUUCUAUUAAAGAUUCAGUUGGUUGUUUAUAUGCAAUGAAUUAUUUAUUAAAGUUUUAUCAAAAGAUAAUGAAUAUAAAUAACAAUGUAAAGCAUCAUCAUCAUCAUCAUCAUCAUAUUAAAAUUGUUUCUAUAUUAGUUUUGGUGAUGAAAGAUUAUUUAUCAAAAAAUCAACCUCCAAAUGUGGAAACUAUUGGUGUAUUAAUUCAAGAAUUUUUUGUAUUACUAUCAACAUUACCAUCAUUUAUAACACAGUUGCCAACAAUUUGGUUUACUUGUCAAUCUUUACAGAAAGUAAUACAAAAUGAAAAUUAUAAAAUAAAUGGCAUAUCUGAAAUGAAUAAUAAUAAAAAUAUUAAAUUUAGUCGGAGUGUUUUAAAACAGUUACGACAUAUUGAUGAUAAUAUAGCCUCUUCUGUUGUGAAACAAGUUUUGUUUGUCAAAGAUAUUGAUAUCAUAUCGAAUUUGACAAAUGAAGAAGAUAUUUGUUCAGAAAUUUUCUAUACAUUUAUCGAACCAAUAAUUCAAUCUGUUUUCAUUGGUUAUUUAUCUCAAUCUACAUUAUUGUAUAUAUGGGAUCAGUUAAUGUUAUGUAUUGCUGGAGCUGAACCAAUUGAAUCCAAUUUGUCAUAUAUUUUAAGUUGUUUCAUAGCUAUUUUCAUUUUUCUAUGCUGGAUUAGAAUACCAAAUCAUUCUCUAUCUGAUAUAAGUCAAUAUGAACAUAUAAAUACAAUUGAUGAACAAAAAGAAAUAAGAGGAAAAGAAAUGACUUCAUUAAAUGAACAAUUCCUUAUAAUUGGUCCAAAAUUAGAAAAAGAUGAUUUUCAGUUUUUGAUAAAGAAAUAUUUCUUCAUGGAUAUUUUCUGUCUAUUAACCGGUACACAACAAUACAACACUAAUAGUUGUCUUUUAUCAAAUGAUGAACUUUAUCUUGUUGCAAAAUUAUAGCCGUUCUUAUUUGUAUCAAGUUCAAUGAAGUUCAAUGGUUAGAACAUACUAGAAAUGGAAGACCAUAACAAUUCAAUAUAUUUACUAUCUAUUUAUCCACUAAUGAUAUUCAUGAAAAUUCAAUUCAAUGAUUGACUUUUGUUUUUCAAUUUAAACACCAGUAACAUCAACUGAAUGGUCAUCAAUACUGAGAAAGUCUCAUCUCAUAGAUCCUAGUAAACGUAAAGAACAAAGAUUACUACAUUAUGCAGAGUUGGAAAGAUUACGAAAUACUGAAGAUCACCUCAUUAAAAUGCAAGAUCAGUUAGAUGCUUAUAAAACUAGAUUAAAAGAAGCAUCAGAUGAAAUUUCUCACAGUAAACGUUUACUUAGUCAAUAUGUAACAAAACAAGAUUAUUCACCUAACAAGGUUGAUGAAAUCAAUGAUCACAAAAUGAAUUCAUCAUUAAGUAAAGUAAAAUGGAAAUCAAAUUUGCAUAAAAUAACACUUUUAAGAAAUGUAGCACAGAAUUUUGGCGCGAAUAUUGAAAAUUCAAAUCCUUUAAAACAAUCACAAGUGAUACAAACUGAAUAUGAUUGAAUUAUUUAAAAAUCAACAAAAAAAUGUUUGUAACACAAUGAUUUCUAUUUAGUUUAACCAUUUUAUUUCAUUAUUCUAUUAAAAUCGUACUAACUUGCUAAUUAUCUUCC